AUGGCACAUGCUCAUCAAAUUACAUACCCAAUAUCAGGUGUUCGCACUGUAUUUAAUGGACUUAAUUCUGAAACAAUGUUUGUCGCACAAACUGCAUCGUUACCAGAACUAGCAUUAGGAGAAAUUCUUGUUAAAGUUCGUUUAGCAUCAAUCUGUAUGAGUGAUGUACAUACGAUUACAGGUCAACGUAUUGAACCAACACCAAGUGUUCUUGGUCAUGAAGCUGUCGUUGAAGUUGUUAGUCAUCGUCGACCUGAAAGUGAUUUAGCUGUAGGCGAUCGUUUAACAUUUUCAAUUGCAGAUUCUUGUGGUCAAUGUGAAUUUUGUUUAGCUGGUUUCAAUCAAAAAUGUGUUCAAUUAUUCAAAUAUGGUCAUGCGAAAUUAAGUGAUGGUUCUGGAUACAAUGGUUGUUAUGCUACACAUAUUAUUAUUCGACGUGGUACUCAUGUUGUAAAAGUACCUCAAACGAUAUCAGAUCGAUGUGCAGCACCAAUCAAUUGUGCAUUGGCAACGACAAUGUGUGCUAUGGAAUAUGUACCAAAAAUAAAAAAUGGACGAGCUUUUGUUCAAGGUGACGGAAUGCUUGGUUUGUAUACAUGUGCAGCUCUUCGUGAAUAUGGUUAUGAAAUAGUUUACUGUUCUGGAACUCGUUUGCAACGUUCGCCAUUCAUUGAUCGUUUUGGUGCUAUUCCACUUUACAAUGACGAAAUACUUGCAGAAGAAAUGAACAAGAUUGAUGUCGUUGUUGAAGUCUGUGGAGUACCAAAUGUGGUUAAUGAUGGUAUAAGAAUGUUAAAACCUGGUGGACUCUAUCUAUUUGUUGGUAUGGUACAUCCAAAUUCAAAACUGGAUAUAACCGGCGAACAAAUUAUUCGUAAAUGUUUGAUGAUCAAAGGUAUUCAUAAUUAUGCUUCACGUCAUCUUGAUCAAGCGGUUCAAUUUCUUGAAAAAACAAUUAACAAAUAUCCUUAUGAAGAACUCAUAGGACCCACUUAUAAUUUAUCUGCUCUAUCAGAUGCUAUGAAAAUUGCUAUCGAUAAAAAACAUGGUCGAAUUUUAGUGAACCCAAAUACGAGUAUUGAGAGUAAUUAA